UUUGGUUGCCCACUACACACUAUAUAUUCCUUUGAUGCCGUGAUAGUCAUUAUAACAAGCACAAGGAAAAACACUAAAUCGUAGAAGAAGAAAAGAAAAACAAACAAGCAAUGGAUUCAACAGCCACCGUUGCAAGUGAUCGUCUUAGUCAACUAAACUCUUUCGAGGAGACUAUGACAGGCGUGAAAGGCCUUGUUGAUUCCGGAAUCAAAGAGGUUCCAGCUAUGUUCCGUGAGCCUCCAGCUAUUUUAGCAAGCCGAAAACCACCACUAGCUUUGCAGUUCACGAUCCCAACCAUCGAUCUGAACGGAGGAGUAGUGUACUACAAGAAUCAAGAUUCAGUUACACGGAGAAGCAUGGUUGAGAAGAUAGGAGAUGCAGCGGAGAAAUGGGGUUUCUUCCAGGUGGUUAACCACGGGAUCCCGCUCGACGUGCUGGAGAAGGUGAAAGAAGGGAUUCGCGCGUUUCACGAGCAGGAUGCUGAAUUGAAGAAACGGUUCUACUCUCGUGAUCACACUCGAAAAAUGGUUUACUAUAGUAACUUGGAUCUCUUCACCGCUAUGAAAGCGAGUUGGAGAGAUACCAUGUGUGCCUAUAUGGCCCCGGAUCCUCCCACAUCGGAGGACUUGCCCGAGGUUUGUGGGGAGAUUAUGAUGGAGUAUGCAAAGGAAAUAAUGAAUUUAGGUGAAUUGAUCUUUGAGCUUCUAUCAGAGGCUCUAGGGUUGAAUAAUUCUAAUCACCUCAAAGACAUGGAUUGCAGCAAGUCUUUGGUCUUGUUCGGCCAGUACUAUCCACCUUGUCCGCAGCCUGACCAUACUUUAGGCUUAAGCAAGCACACCGAUUUUUCUUUUCUCACCAUUGUUCUUCAGGGGAAUCUCGGUGGGCUUCAAGUUCUCCAUGAUAAACAAUAUUGGAUCGAUAUUCCUCCCGUCCCUGGGGCUCUUGUCGUUAACCUCGGAGAUCUUCUCCAGCUUAUAAGCAAUGGCAAGUUCAUAAGCGUGGAGCACAGGGUGAUAGCAAAUAGAGCGGCUGAACCGCGGAUUUCAGUGCCAUGUUUCUUCAGCACCGUGAUGAGGGAGAGCCAUCGAGUAUAUGGACCCAUAAAAGAGCUUCUGUCAGAACAAAACCCUCCCAAGUAUAGGGACACCACCAUCUCCGAGUUCGCAAGCAUGUACGCGUCUAAAGAGAUCAAUACCUCUGCGUUACUCCGUUUAGAGAUCUGAUACAUCGACCAAAGAAAAUGUCUUUGUAUUAAAUAAUGUUCGUAUGCGUUUACUCAAUUUCAAGAUUUGAGACAUCGAGCAAAUAAACUGUACCUUUGUAACGUAAUGUGUGUAUGUGUGUCACUCCAUGCACGGAUAUGUCGACGUAAAACAUCCGUAAAAUGUACCCUUGUAACAUAAUGUAUGUAUGUGUGUCACUCUAUGUUAGGAUAUGAGACAUUGACCAAAUAAAAUGUCUUUGAAAACACA